AUGCACAAGCUCAACUCUGAAGAAGACGACGAAGAGAGCGCCAUCGGCCUCUCCAACCAGCACAACUCCUCCCCCUCGCCCUCUCCCUCCGUCUCCAGCAUUCCUUCCUACAUCGACCCCAUAAUCUCCUCCGCCAAAGCCCCGACCACCACAGUCACCGAACUCCCCCCCUCGAAAGAGAAAGACGACCACCAUCUCGUCCAGUUCGAGGGCCCCGACGACCCCUUCAAACCUCUCAACUGGUCGAUUGGGAAAAAAGUCUACACCACCUUUGCAUAUGCGCUCUGCACUUUUGGGCCGCAGGCCGCGUCGUCGAUUUAUGGGCAGGUAUCGGAGGAUAUUUCGCAGCAGUUUAAUGUGUCGCCCUUAGUCGCGACCCUCGGCGUCUCGACUUUUCUUCUCGGCGUCGGCUUCGGUCCCAUGCUUUUCGCCCCGAUAUCAGAAGUCUACGGCCGCAGAAUAGGCGUCAUCAUCCCGCUCGCCUUCUCAGGCCUCUUCUCCAUCGGCUGCGGCGCCGCCAACAAUUUCGCCACGAUCCUCAUCAUGCGGUUUUUCCAGGGCCUGUUUGGCGGCGCGCCGAUCGCAAACACCGGCGGCGUGCUGGGCGACAUCUGGACGCCAAACAUCCGCGCCGUCGCGCUCGUCCUGUACUCGUUCGUCGUCACGGGUGGACCCCCGCUCGGCGCGAUUAUCGGCGCGGGGUUCUCGACUAUUGGCAAGGACGGAUGGCGGUGGAGUCAGUAUUUCUCGGGCAUCUACGCGCUCGUGAUGUUUGUCUUUGCAAUCAUGACUAUCCCGGAGACGUACCCCCCGGUCUUGCUCUCGUGGAAAGCGCGCGAGCUGCGCAAGUCCACCGGCGACUGGGCCUAUCACUCUGAGAUUGAAGAGUGGGAUUUCACAAUCAAGGAGAUGAUCACGCGGCACUUUAUGCGUCCGUUCGCGAUGCUGCUCACGCCUAUCGUCGCCUGCAUGUCAAUCUACGGCUCGUUUGUGUUCGGCAUCCUCUACAUCGGCGUCAUCGCCAUCCCGCUCACCUUCGCCGACGUCCGCGGCUGGGGAAAAGUCGUCUCCACACUGCCCGCCAUCGGCAUCUUCCUCGGCGUCUGCUUCGGCGGCCUGCUAAACAUAGUAGGCUCGCUGCACUACGCAAAGGUCCUCGCCAGCCGCGGCGGCGAGCCACUUCCCGAGCAGCGCCUGUUCGCCAUGCGCUUCGGCUCCGUGUUCAUGCCGGCAGGGCUCUUCAUCUUCGGCUGGACCUCGGGACCAGAGUAUCCGUGGAUCGCGCCCGUGAUCGGCCUCGUGAUUCUCGCAAUGGGCUUCAUCACCGUCUUCCAAGGCUGCAUAAACUACCUCGUCGACGCCUUCCCGCGCUACGGCGCCUCCGCCAUCGCGGCGACUACUUUCUUGCGGUCAUGCAUGGCCGCCGCGUUCCCGAUCUUUAGUAAAGUCAUGUUUAAGAACAUCGGAAUGGGAUGGGGCGCGAGCGUGAUGGGCUUUGUCGGCGUUGCGUUACUGCCGAUUCCGUUUUUGUUUGUAAAGUACGGUGCCGCGAUUCGUGGUCGGAAUCCGUAUGCCAGCAAGGUCAGUUAG